AUGAAUUUUGCAAGAUCCGAAGCCCGUCAGCCGCGCUCCAGAGCGUCACCUCCGCCGCCUGGCCCAUUUGGAUAUUCCUUUCUUCCGCCGCAUGAUACUCCCCACGACGCCGGUCCGGCUCCUCCCCCCGGGCCGUCUCUUCUCGAUGACAGCGAGUCCAACAUGCUUGAUAGUUUCUUCACAACGUUAAAUGGCAGUCAGUUUGAUGUUGGAGAUUCUUGGUUUCAAGAUAUCACCCAUGAUAAUGGCGGAGGUGCAUUUUCGUGUGACUGGGCAGAGGGAUUGCCCCCUAAUCUGGAAGGCUCAACAACCUCUUUAUCACAACCACCAAUUCUUUCUUUGAAUUCAGCCAAGUCAUCCGGCAGCCUGAUGGGGGGUCUUGGUCCGGAUUCCGAUAUACUUGCAGCGGCUUCUAUGCUGUAUGGACAAGGGGGCAACGCCAUUAAUUUCCCGACCCAACAUCUCUUCCCUGAUGGUGCUGUGUCUGGAAUGUCACCACCCCAUCUCGGCCCACAACGCAUUAAGCAAGAACAGACACAUCGCUCGCUAGGUAAUAGAGGUCAUGGCUCUCGUCAUUUGUCACUUCAGCCUCAGCAUACUUCAGUCUUCAAUCCGGAAGAGCCGUCGAUCUCUGCAGAGCCGCAGAAAGCAGGUGCAGUCCAGACACUGCGAUGGGGAUCAGAUGCAGGCUUUGUCGACCAUGGCUAUCGUCGACCGGACAAUAUAGCAGAUAUAGAAGAGACAACACAAACCUUGCUUGAAAGUAUGAAGUGCCUCGAACCGCAAACCAGUACAACCAAUACCCGUGCGCCAACGCCGGUCGGAGUAUUUGGAUUUUCUCGCAACAAUAGCAACGGCGCAGGUGCACCUCGUGCUUCUGAGGAAGCCAACCGUGGAGAUGGAGACAACGACAGCUUAGCCCCAAGAAAACGCCCAAAGAUGGAAAAGGAAGAGGACGAAGAAGACUAUGAUGACAGCAGCACACCCCCUAGGCUAAAAAGGCCGAAAAGCUCAUCUGGAAGCAGACUAAAGCGCGGCUCGAGUGAAAGCGCUUCGAAAAAGCCCAAGACGCAACAGAGCAAUAAAACAGCCCGGGAAAACUUGAGCGAAGAACAGAAGCGCACUAACCACAUACUCUCGGAACAAAAACGUCGCAAUCUUAUCAAGCAAGGGUUUGAUGAACUAUGCUCACUUGUCCCAGACCUUCGGGGUGGUGGGUUCAGCAAGAGUGCCAUGCUCUUGCAAGCGGCAGAUUAUCUCGACGAGGUGCUCAAGGGCAACAAUGCGCUCCGGCAACAACUAUCGCAACUCAAGGCAGUUAACGGCUACGUGAUGCCUCGAUAG